AUGAAUGGUUCAGGUAUGGUAGUAGCUGAAUUAGCAUGGCCAACAUCAUGGAUAAUUAUGAUUGGGGCAUUUACAUCAUGUUUUGGAGCUGCAUUACAAUGUCUUUGCAGUGCACCACGUUUAUUACAAUCAAUAGCAAAAGAUGAUGUUUUACCAUUUUUACGUUCAUUUCAAGUAUUAACACAAUGGAAUGAACCAUUUCGAUGCUUAAUUUUAACAGUAUUAAUAGCAGAAAUGAUUAUAUUAGUAGCAGCAUUGGAUCGUAUUGCGCCAAUUGUUGAUUUUUUCUUCCUGAUGUGUUAUACGUUCAUUAAUCUUGCAUGCUUUUUACAUUCCAUUCUUGGUGCACCAAAUUGGCGACCACAUUUCAAAUGCUAUCAUUGGUAA